AUGACUACCGAAAUCUUUCCUCGAGAACCCAGUGCGCUUUCUCUCCCCUUAGCUUCUCCGCCACGUCCAAAACGUCGCGAUGUUUCCACAACCCUAAACUACUACCGCGACCCGGGAGAUGGCUCGCUUCCCACUCCAGUCUUCGUUGGGGGGGAUACCGUGAUAAACGAGCGACCUACAAUUCCUACACCAGUGGUUGUGCGAGACGUCUCUGGCGAAGAAGACAAAUAUCGCUUAGACAGCCACGGUUUCGAGUUUGUGCGACAUGAAAGCAAGGAGAAAGGAUUUGAAGACGAUGAUGCGAUUAUUUCGCUGUACUAUCGCGAGUGUGAGCAGAUUUAUAAGAGCGCCACGGGCGCAACCUCCGUCCAUAUUUUUGGACACCUCGUCCGUCGUGGCCCAACCCACUGGCACUCUCUCGGAACCGGCAAUGCCACGAAGAAAGGUCCCCUCCACCGUGUUCAUAUCGAUCAAUCUUACCACGGUGCCGAACUUAUCCUCCGCAAGCAUCUUCCAGAUGAAGAAGUCAAGACGCGCAUGAAGCACCGAUGGCAAAUCAUCAACCUCUGGCGUCCUGUUUCCACAAUCUUCAAAGACCCGCUCGGUGUCGCCGCUGCGCAUUCGAUCCCGGAGUCGGAUUUGGUAAGUGCCGAGGUGGUUUAUACAAAGCAACCUCCACCACUAAAUCGGAAUGAGACUUGGACGAUAUUACCAAGCGAUAAGCAUGAGUGGUUCUUCAAAAAUGAGCAGGGGCCUGAGGAUGUGUUACUGAUUAAGUGUUUUGACAGUAGUGAGGUGGAGGGAAUGGUGAGAAGGGCGCCGCAUUGUGCGUUUAAGGAUCCGGAGAGGGAGGGGGAGGAAUGGGCGGAUCGGCAGAGUAUUGAAGUGAGGGCACUCGUAUUUUACGACGAGUAG